GACACAGACAGUACAGUAGACAGUCAGAGUCAGUCAGUGUUUAUCUGGACGAUAAGAAACGGAAUAUAGUUGUAAUGUAAAAGCCAAAAGAAAAAUCCCUAUUUAAUCAUAAUUUACUGUAUUCAGGAAUCGCACUUUACUCCAAAAUAUUAAUAUUACACAAAAUGACACAUUGGUUAUUCAGGACAUCUGUUACUUUUAAUGCCUAUUACAAACAUAUUCAAAUAAUUUCCCUCCCUUGUAUCCCUACCUAGUGCAGAAGAUAAACAUAGCGUACUUUUGUCUUAGUGCCGUGCAGUUUAACUUCCGCCUGGUGUUGUUUGGUGCCUAUUGCCAGCUAGUUUGAGUCAAGGGGUGCCUUAAAAUAGUGAUUCUACAACAUUUGACCCUCUCCCAAAUCAUUGGUAAAGAUUAAUUACGGGACCUACAAUGGCAGAAGGCUCAACUAAACUUUUGAAGAGUAUUAAUGAAGCAGAUUGGCUCUUAAGACCUCAUGUCCAUAUGAAAGACCCUGAGCAAGUGAUAGAGAAAAUAAACAGCAUGAUUCAAGGUGGCAGCAAACAGUUGCAAGUUGUGUUUGAUUUUGACCGAACACUAACAAAACAUCAUGAGAAUGGAGUCAUCACACAUUCAAGUUAUGGAGUGUUGGAGACAGUUCCGACUUUCCCUCAGAGCUUCAGAGAAUCUAACAGAACAAAGUUGGCCAAGUAUCGUCCAAUAGAAAUUGAUCCAAAUAUCACUAUGGAGGAGAAAAUUCCAAUCAUGUUAGAAUGGUGGACAAGUGGAAUUGAAGAUAUGAAGGGAAUACAGUGGGACCUAGAUAUGGUAGAGAAGCAUCUUAGAGACAACCAACAACCAUUCAGGGAUGGGACGAAGGCAUGUUUUGAGCAGUUACAAAAUGCCGGAGUUCCAGUUCUCGUGUUUUCUGCUGGUCUUGGCGAUGUUGUAAGGAUUGCUCUCACGCACAAAGGACUCCUCACAUCAAACGUUCACAUAAUUUCCAAUUUUCUCAAGAUAGAAGAUGGCAAAAUAGCGGGAUAUAUCGGUGAAAAUUUGAUACACGUCUUCAACAAAAAUGAAGCCCAUGUUAAAAACACUCCUUAUUAUGAGGAGCUGACAGGCCGCACAAAUGUCGUUCUGUUGGGAGAUUCAACAGGAGACGCCAUGAUGGCUGAUGGUGUGUCUCACAACAAUGUGCUCAAAAUUGGUUUUCUCAACACAGAUAUAGAGCAAUGCCUGACCCAAUUCAAGGACCUUUUCGACAUUGUCCUUACUGACGACCAGACUAUGGAUGUCCUUAAUCACAUUCUCAAAUUUGUUCUUUAAUUUACUAUUUCCAAUUUUGUUUGACAAAAUCUUUUUUGCAAGCAACUCUUAUAUUUUACAUUUUAACUCGAAGUUAUUUAUUUACAUUACAUUACUAUGUAAAACAAAUUCUUGAUUCAUUACAUUCUGCUAUUAAAUGUUUUGUUCAAGUAUCAUUGUUUUAGGUAAACCUAGAUGUAUUGGUCACUCAGUUUCUUGGUAGAACACCUUAAAACCACCAUAUUGGAUCUACAAUUUUGGAACCUCUUUAGACCCAUACUAACUAUAAGUUAAUUAUAUAAGUUAAAACUAUGUUGUCCUAAGCAACACAUUUUUAGGGAAACACUGAAUUUUUACAUUUUUACUAUAUUUAAAAAGUUAUACUAUCAAUAUUAACAGAUUGAGAUUCAAGCCUCAUAAAAUAAGUUAACAUAAAAUUCGUAGAACAAGAAAGUUAAUAUGAAAAUGAUUACUUAGGUGAUAAAAACAACUCAGAUCUCAUGGAAGAGAGUAAAACAAUUUCUUGCUUGAGUUAUACACAAAUUAAAUUCACAUGUUAGAAUGUGUUAAUGGAUUUACAUCCUGGACACCUGCAUCAGUAUCUUAUGGUGCUCGUUUCCACAAGCGACAUGUUUCACAUACUAGGUGUCCUUUUCGCAUUUAAAGGAAGUAGGUUGGGCUUUUUCCUCUUUUGAUACACCUGCCACUGGAGGAGGGAGCUCUUUGAUACAAUCUCCUGCAUUAGCCUCCUGUGCUUCAUCCUCCACAGCAUUGAUUCAAGGAGACAGGAGAUUUGGCCUGCCACAAAACUCUUCAAGAACUUUUGAAAUUGAAAUGGAAAAAAAUUAAAUGAAAAAUGUCUUUAUUAAAGAAGCAGAAUUAGGGCUAACAAGCCCUCUCUACCACUCAACCUCUUAUUGUAUACAGUAAAUUUACAAUAGUUUAAUAUAAUUGCGAUAAAUUAUUGACAAAAAAAUUAUAAAAUACGUUUUUAGGCUAAUUGCAAAGGAAACCAUAAGCCCUAAGAGCUUUGACAGUUGGGUUUCUUUAUAAUUUUUGUAAAAGUCCCAAAACAUGAAAAACAGACUAAUGUUUUAGGCCAAGUCAGAUUGUGGCUAACCAUAAAUAAUGUCAGUGUUAUAUAAAAAUCAUAAAAAUGUUGUUUUGAUAACCAAAUAUUUAUACUAGUUUGUAAUACCUAAAUAUAUUAUCUUUUAAUGUAGUUUUUGAAUAGAGCUGCCAAUUUUACAGGUAACAAAAAUGAUUUACUAAUUAUCAUAAGCUACUUACUUUGUGGUUGACAAGGAAGGCAACCAAAACAAUAUUCUGCCAUCUUGAUUUAUCUCCAAAGUGAACAAACAGUGGAAUAAAAUAAAGCCAGUGAGUCCACAGGUGCAGGGGUCUCUUGACAAUUCUAAGAACCGUUUGUCAGGUUUCUAAUACACAUUAGGUAUAGAGAAAAUACUAAAAUGAAAUAUCAGUAUCGAAAUUCUGGGUCUGAGGAGGUUUUGUGAGUAUAAUAUGAUGUGAUAAAUGGACAACUUGUUAUGCUAAAUACAUUGGAUUGUUUUCCA